AUAAGGCAAUAAAAAGAUCAUGUGCCAUCCAAAAAUUGCAUAUUUAUACACAACUCUAUGUUGAUUUCUCUUAUAGAUCUUCAAAAGGUUAAACCCAUGGCGACCCCAACGCUGCUGAUGUUCGCCUUCUUCCUCUUCAUCUCCUUCUCUUCCAUCGUUGUUUCCGCCGAUGAAGAUUGCGUUUACUCUGUCUACGUAAGGACUGGAUCGAUCUUCAAAGGCGGAACGGACUCCAUCAUCGGCCUAAGGCUCUACGAUGUCUAUGGCGAGUACAUCGAGAUCAGGAACGUUGAAGCCUGGGGUGGGUUGAUGGAGGCAGGACACAACUAUUUUGAGAGGGGUAAUUUGGACAUUUUCUCAGGUAGAGGACCUUGCUUGGCUGCCCCUGUAUGUGCCAUGAACUUAACCUCGGAUGGCUCGGGUCCACACCAUGGAUGGUACUGUAACUACGUGGAAGUCACCAUGACUGGCGUCCACACACCUUGUAGCCAACAGCAGUUCACAGUGGAACAAUGGUUGGCGCUCGAUGCCGCACCCUACGAGCUCACUGCCGUCAGGAACUAUUGUCCCUCGGAGUUCCCUGUUGAUCGGGGUGAUCGGAAGUCUAGCUUUAGCAUGUGAUAAGGCUUGUGUUUUUAUUAAUAUAAUAAUAAUUAUUAUUAUAAUGAUGGCGAUGGUUUUGUAUGAUCAGCGGCAGUUUGGUCAUGUAAUGUUUGUCGUGUAAUGGGAAAUUUUGGAUCAAAUUAUGUUGUAUUUACCGUGUUAAUGUUGUCGGUGGAAAUUAGAACGUAUGUUGCCAGUUGCCAUUUACCUUGUCAUAAGCCUCGUGGCUGCAUUUAAUUCUCACAAAAGAACAUUAUAAGUUUAUACCUAAACUCGUAGUGGCAGUAGUCAAUGAUCAUUGGGCGAGAUUAUUUUAGUGAAAAAAUUCGAUAUUAAAUUGGGAAU